GAACGGCUGCCCGCAGCUCGACUAUAAACCAAACACAAAAUUCGAUACGUAUAAGAAAAAAAGAUUAUUCGCCAAAGUGCCCGCGUUUGAAUUUUUCAAAUCAUCGACGCGUUUCCGGUGGCGAAAAAAAAAUAGAAAAAGUUUUAUACAGGAGCGGCUGUUGGGUGACAGAUAUUAUUAUUGAGUGCGGAUUGUUUUUACUUUUCGUAUUACAGUGCCGCAAGAAAUUGUUUUCCGGUGAAAAAGACUGACCCGUAAAUGUUGCCGUGACACUUCAGGAUGUUUCUCGCACGAGUUUUCUUUGGUGCAUUGACGACAUGGAGCGCAAUCCAAGCGAUCACAGUACCGAUCGAUCGAACCGAUGUCCAGCUUUCCCCGACGCGAUCUUCGAUGAUCGCAAACGGAUGGCGUCCACUAACGGGAUACGAUAACAUCGGAACAAAUGUGUCACCGUCGAGUGGACUCGAAAGAAACUCGGCGCAUCGUCCGGUGCUGGGUAAGCUUCAGGAUCACUCACAGUCCUCGUCGUCUUCGUUGGACAAGCAGAAGCAGCAAGCGAACGGCCUGAACGUACAGGACUACAUCCCCCCCAGUAUCCUUGGAAGCUUCAGCGUCUUCGGCCACGCGGCAACGAAGGCGAGGACGAAGCCGAAGGAGCACAGUGGCCAUUCUACCUCGGGAACGACGCACUAUUCGUUCCUGGUACCGCCGCCGAGGGACGCGUACCGUUUCGAAGUGCAGGACCCGCACCGAAAGGCCAUCCUCCGGGACAACGAGGCCUUCCUGCGUCAGCCGACGUUCGUCUCGCAGAUUCACCAGGACGCGAACAGCUCGCCGUUCUUCUCCAAGGGUUCGGGAUUCGCUGCAACAUCGACGACCCAUUCGCCAGGGUUCCCGAAGAGCCGACCGUUCCUCGUCAGCGGUUUGAGCUCGGGAUUCGGUGUGCAGCAGAACGUCCACCCCCAGCGACAGUUCGAGGCCCAGAAGGCCUCCAACACCAAGUCGUACCUCCAACCUCCUGGUCUCGAGAGUCCGCAUGGAUUCGGCGUGGAGAACAAGAACUCGGAGACUGGCUUCAACCGGUUCCACACGCAGCCGCACAGCGGCCAGAUCCUGAACAGUGGCACCGGGAACUUCUUUAGUCAGGUUGACCACCCUCCACCCUUCAAGAGCAGCUACGAAAGGGACCCAUCUUUUCUGGUGCACGAAAGCCACGAGAUCAGCUACGUGACUCCGUCGUCGAUAUUCGGGAACAACUUCCGGCCCUCGCUUCCGUACGACAAUCUGGUACCACCGAACCUCUUCUCAUCGACAACCGCGCCGAAGAUAGAGUCGAACAAGUUCGCCGGUUCGCAGCAGUCCAGCCUCAGGAACGAGCAUUACAAGCAGUUCGAGCAGAGCAACAGCCCUCAGGAGUCACUCAUCAAGGCUCAGGGACUCUCCCACGGACUUCAGGCCGGCACUUACUUCAUUCAGGGCGAACAGUCGAGGCCUGCGGCUUCGUGGCCGCAGCAGAAGUCCAAGUUCACAACGGAGAUAAACGAGGUGUUACCCAGAAAGAAUCCACCUGCUAAGUUCAGGCCCGAAACCGUGAGGCCCAACGCCGUGUUCGGGUUGCAGUCCGAGCCGGAUCAGGUUAUCUUUAUCCGACCGAGCAUCCAGACGCAGUUUGAAAACCCUGUAACUUCGGGCCAGCCACCGCAGACGACGUCCUCACAGCCGGACUACGAGACUCCGGAGAGCAUCUCGCUGAAGCAUUUCAACGAGCAGCAGUUCCUGCUUCAGCAGCAGCUGGUCCAGCAGGAUAGGCAGAGGUUCCAAGAGGCGGAGCUCCAGCGACAGCGUAAACAGGAAGAGGAAGAGGCCGCGGCGAGGAAGCGGGAAGAGGAGAUCCGGCUGCAGAUCGAAGAGCAGGAGAAGGCGGCCGAGAGGAAGAAGCUCGCUGAGGAGGAACAGCGCCGACAAGAGGAACGCGAACGCCAAGAGAUCCAGGAGCAGACCGAGCUGCGGAAACAGCUGGAGGAGCGGGAACGAUCCAGACAGCAGUUCGAACGCGAAAAGCAGGCGCAGCUCGAGGAGCAGAAGCGGAUUCAGGAGCAGCAGUUCAACCUCGAGCAAGAAGCAUACAACCGACCGGUAUCGGUUCAGGACCAAGUCGCGUUCCAAGAGGUGAGCCAACACUCCAAGGAGAACUUCGAGGCCACCGUGGAACCUGACCAACCGCAGACCCAGGUCGAGCCGGAAGUCAGACCUUACAGGCCGAAGUUCCCGCAACGAGGAUCAUCGACCAGGAGACGCAGGCCGAUGACCCCGGCGACUUACGUCGCUCAGGCUACCGAGGCGUCCCUUCAGGAGGUCGUUGAAACAGCAACGCAGCAGUCGUCGGUUCAGUCAAUCGCGGAACCGGAAGUGGUCACAACCCAGACCGCCGUCACUCUACGACCGAGGAUUCGACGGCCUGGACAAACCCUGAGGAGACGUCGCCCCGUAACGACAACGACGACAACGCCGACCUCACCACAGCAGGAAACCGCUUCGAGUUACGUCCGAGAGUCGGAACCCUCCAGGCACCAGACAUUUGAAACUGAGUUUUCGAAGCGGAGGAGGGGUAGGCCGACUCAGACCACGACGACGAUCGAGGAAGCCGUAACCGAGCGGCACUUCAUCAGAAGACGACCCACUGGUCACAGGCAGAGAGUGAAUCCCGGGGAGCCGUUCGAGGCUGAGGUAGUGACGGAAAUAGUACGCCCGACGAGGAUCAUCUACAAGGACACGACCGAGUGGGAAAACUAUCCCGAGAGCUUCAAGAAGAAGGACUCGCAGGAAAUAGACACCUCCUCUUUACCUUCGCGCGAUAUUGGCGCCCAGGACAUGGAAGAGGGGGCCACCGAGGAUGCGGGUCAGGUGUUCGAAUUUUCUACCGAGGCUUUCGCGACCACCGAGGGAGUCACCCAGACGCGUCACGACGUCGAGACCAUCGUUCCGAUCGAGAAGCUGUUCGAGAAGCCGGCCGAAGAGAACCACGUCGAGCCUGCCACCACUUUCGAAGACGUCGUCGAAGAGCCGGCAACCACGACCACGACCACAACCACCACAACUACGACCACUACCACAACCGAGGCGCCCACCACGACCACGGAAUCGACCACGACGGCGAGACAGUCGCACAGGAUCCGACCACUCAAGUACGGAAAUUCGACGCGGCCGCGUUUCAGCAUCAAGGACUACAGGAGCAGGCUCGAUUACAAGAACAGACUGUCCCAGCUAUCGACGACCGAAGCUACGCCCGGGAGACGCCGAGUCAGUACCGAGAGACCGGAUCCAGAGUCGACCGUUCGACACAACAAGUACAACUCCAGGGUCGGCUACAAACCGACGACCUCGACGACACCCACGACGAGUCCAGAAGGCGUUGACGAAGAGCCAACUACCGUUACGGAGCGGACGAACCGUUUCACGCCGAAGCGAAAGCUCAACGCGAGUCUUUACCGCAGCAGGAUCAGCGGCAGCUUGAGCUUCGGCAAGUCUGGGCUCGAAGACGGUCGGCAGAGCACGACGAGACCGGAGAACAUCUACUCGUCGGCGAUCCGACGAGCCAGGCCGACAUUCGGGGUCAGGAAUCAGCCGGAAGAGACGACGGAAAUGACAGCCGAGGAGACGAGCUUCUACGCAUCCAUGACCACCAGGAAGCCGCAGGAGGCGGCGAUCAACGAGGUUAUGGUGAAGGAAGAGGAAGAGGAAGAGAAGGUGGAGGAGGAAGAGAAGGUGGAGGUUACGGAUCCAACGCCGACAAGGAGGAUGCAGGAGGAAGAUGAGCAACCCGAUGCCGAAAACGAACCGGGUUCCACCGUUCCCACGUCCACCGAAGGCAGCCGCGACGCCGAGGACGCUUUCAUAUCGCAGCGCAUUGCCAACUUGACGAGCUCGGCGUCCGAGCUUCACGAGCCCGGGAGAUUCAAAGCGGUAUCGCCGGCAACCGAGAGCAGAGUCAUCAGUCCGCAAUUCGCCAUCGCUACCGACGAGCCGACGCUUCCGAUUGAGGCUUUUUUUCAGGUUUUGAACAAGAAGGACGAAUAGAGUGAUUUUUCUAAGAGCUCUCACAAUAAGUUGAAAAUCAGAGCGUUGGUGGAUUCAUUCAUCGCCGAUUGAAUGUUGAAAUAAAAAAUUUAAAACACUGCAGUACCUUGUCCGAUAUUCUGUAAUACUGAGUUCGAUGUGAAACUUAGCAGUAUGAUAUUCUUGAUAUAUGUACGCGUCGUUGCACAUUAUUGGCAAUAUAAUUAAUUAUUAUAUGUAAAUGUAUAGUUUUACGUACGUAUUGUAUUGGAUUAAUUAUUUCAAGCAAGCGAAUAUUUUACCACAAUCCGAUUUAGUCUUAAUCAGAAUAUUUAUUUUCCUACACAGUAUAAUAUUACGCAUACCUGUAAAACUUUAUUAUCACCGCGCUAAUUUCAAAAUUUAUAUCAGACGAAAAAAGUUGACCCGAAGACCCGAAUGAACUUUUUCGUUGAGGUUGAACGAGCGCAAUAGUUUACACAAUUGUAAUUACGUUUAUACGUAAUAUAUUAUGUUAUGUAUAAUAAUUAUAUAUGUAUAUAUAUAUAUAUACACAUUAUGAUAUAUCGAUGUAUUUAAUCCUGCAUUGAAGUAUUUUUUAAAAGUAUUACCAUUUUACGUACCUAAUAAUGUUACUUAUUUAUGAAAAGAAGUAUCACGUUGGUUUACAUACAUGUCUAAAUAUAUUAUACAUGUAUAUUUACUAGACUGGGCCGGAAAAAAACGAAAUAUUUUUUUUUAAUGGUACUGUGAAAACAUUGUUCAU